AAGUUUAAGGGGGUGGUGGCCCCUCCACUGCCGGUGGUUCACGGAGGAAGGAGGCAGCCAGCUAGCUAGCCGGACAGUGCAAGGUACAAUGCGAAAUGAAUCCGAUCGAUCAAAAACAUAAAGUUGGGAAAUGGUGCUGCAAAAAUGGGGGACCAUUCAAGGUCAUGACAUGCCACAAAAAAUUGGUUUUGGCAUUUUAUCUAGGGUAAAUUCCAUUAGUUACAUCGCAAUCAGGUUUUGGAGGCACUGCAUCCACAUGCAUCAUCAAUAAAUAUAAAAGGAAGAAGUAUGAGGAUAUGGGUUCCACACCAAAUUAAACAUCUGAGCCACUCUACAAUAUAUUUAUGUGCAACAAAUAAUCAUCAUAGCCAUAAAUGCGUUCAUAAAAAAGGGGGAAAAAAAAAAAAAGAAGAAAGAAAGAUAGCCAUUGAAACGCAUUAUUCUUAAUAAUUACCAUCUCCAAUCAUCAAAACAAUACCGUAUAUAUGUAAUCAAGACAUUAUUGACGUUGGAGAUUGAAAAUUGAAGCCACAUAUAAGACUAUUGAUUCGUACAUGGUACAAAUUGGGAGUUUGUUUUUUUCCUUGAAUAUAAGGGGACCUAUGAAGACUGAAGAAAAGGGAAGAAAUGAAGAAAUGAUUUAUCCUCUUUUCUUCACUUGUCAAUCGACAAAACAGGUUCUUGUCAAUAAACGCUCGCCCCACCUACUUGUCAUGAACUAUAUCAGAUUCUUCCCCAAGUCUAUGGCGCAAGAUAGAUUGAUAUACGUAAUCAGCAAAUUUACUUACUUUACAAAUAUUAAUUUACCCAACCUUGAGGUUUAAUAAGUUAAGCCACUAGUUUUUAGGAGCAACAAACUUAAGAGGGCUACUCUAUUGUGCGUUUGAAGCAUCUGAGAGGUCUUAUAUGAUACUUCAACUUUUUAAGAUAGAAAGAUUAGUUAGAGACACCACCCUAAUUAUAUUAUUGGUAGUUAAAAUGUUGUAUUUAGUUGAGUUCAGCCACUUACAUCUAUAUUGCCUAUCUUUUUUACUGGCGGAAAAAAAUGAAAAAAAUUGUUAAAAGAUACCAAAUAGAAACCCCCAAAAGAGGGAGGAAAAGAAACCUCACCCUUAUUUGGCUUCGCUAACCACUAAUUAAGGGGGAGGGGGAGCGCAAGUAGAUCAAUAUUACUUAAAAGGCAUAUAUAUGAUAUAUGCACAUGAAGAAGAAUUUAUAUACAGUACUGAAAUUGAAUCAUUAACUCCUAGUACUAAAGUUUACAACUUAAUUUGGUGAGAAGAGGUGCUUCACAAAAGUUUGAUCGAAUUAGCACUUAACAACCGAUCGACCCCAUGUUGCUGCUGUAAAAAACUGACCCCAUGUACUCAUAGGUGCUUUUGAAAGAUCAAUUGGCAGGCUGGCAGGCAGGCAACAAAGUCUUGUUUGAAUCAUACACAAAUUAAAAUGAAACAUUUUCUGUGUUACAGCUAAGGGCUUGCUGUGUGAUUUUUGUUUUUACUUUUGUGUACUAGUGCAUGUUGAGUCAUUAUAUAAAUAAAUGUCCCUAAACAAAUUAAGUUGUUUACCUUAAAUUUAUUCUUUUUGUAAUCUGCUUGGAUGGCCCAAAAAAAAAAAAAAGUUUGCAUAAUUC